GUAGCCUAGCCACCUAAUCCUCCUCCCUCCUUUAGACAUCACAGAUUAACAGGCGCUCCUCCCACCUAACCUCGUCUCCAACAAUGCUAUGUGUGGACUAAACUACCCUUCCAUCUAUCCAUCUCUGGACCAGAACAGAUGAACAAAGGAUGACAGGCCACCACCAACCAAAGACCAAACUGUAUGUCAUAUGAUAUUCAUCAUCUCCAAUGCAAUAAGUCUUCCCACCCACUCUCAUCCAGGAAAAGCCAAACAAACAACAGCCAACAAUGAACGGGAAUUGAAUUGCGUUGGUUCUAUCAUCUAUACAACAGAGGAAACCACCAAAGGCCAGAGAAGGAAACUAAGAGCAUAGAUAUAUACCACAAUUAUAACAACAUAAACACUGAUAUAUAUAUAUUUAUAUUGAUAUAGAUAUGGCUUCCCGGUCCCAAUCCAAGCCAUCAUCAGCACCACCACCACCAUCACCGCGGUCAAAGACGGAGGCUUUAGAUGUUUCCCUUCAUGAAAUUGGGUUCGAGAUUGAAGAGGUAACCCCAAACAAGGUCUCCGGUCACCUACAUGUCACCCAAAGGUGCUGUCAGCCUUUCAAGGUGUUGCAUGGAGGGGUAUCAGCUCUCAUAGCUGAGUCUCUGGCUAGCAUAGGAGCCCACCUGGCCUCUGGUUUUCAAAGGGUGGCUGGGAUUCACCUCAGCAUCAACCAUUUGAAGCGUGCUGAGCUUGGUGACCAUAUCUUUGCUGAAGCCACGCCUGUCAAUCUUGGCAAAACCAUUCAGGUUUGGGAGGUGAGACUGUGGAAGAUUAAUCCUUCAAACUCAGACAUCAAAUCCUUAGUAUCAUCAUCAAGAGUUACUCUUCUAUGCAACAUGCCUGUGCCAGAGCAUGCAAAAGAUGCCGGGGAUGCUAUAAAGAAGUAUGCCAAAUUAUAAGUUUUGUUGUACCCUAUUCAUGUUCAACUCUUUUUGUUAUUGAACCAAUGGAGAAAUUAAAGACACUUUGAUUUUAGCAUUAUAAUUAGCAAUGGUGCCCGCACGAUGCUGCGGGUUUUGAAAUUGUUAGGAAAUGUAUAUAAAGUCGUGAAAAUAUGCAAGGAAGAUGAUACCAUUUAUAUAA